CACACACCCGAGCCCAUGAUUCGUCCUCUGCUCAAGGGCCCAGCCUUUGCGGCUGCUGCCACAAGCAGUCUGAACGGCGUCCUAAAUUUAGCAGCCAGCGAGCGGGCUUUGCGUGGCGAGGAGGCUGCCGCUCCUGGAUGGGUGCAAAGCGCCGUCACUCUCGCCCAAGGAGGCGGCGCCUCUGAGCCGUCAGCGCCUCUCUCGCCUCCCCGAGCGAGGAAAGAGGACGCGGGAGCCAGACGGACGAGGAAAGUCGGAGCGGGGACGCAGCGGGGCAGCAGAAGUCCAGCAGCGAGCGGGAGGAGAAGCAGCAGCAGCAGCCCCAGCCAAGCGGCGGGGAAGUUGCACGAGCGACGCCUGAGCGAGCGCUGCGCCCCAGCCCCCUGCUCGCCCUCCCCGCGCGCUGGGGACCGAAGAGGGGAGGCCGCCUCACUUGGGCCCCGAGAAGGCGGAGGCGUCCUGGAAGGGAGGGGGGCAGCGGCUACCAUGAAGGCCAGCGGGGAGCGGAAACGGGGCGAGGCGGCCGCCAGCCCGGGCGACCCCUGGAAGGAGUGCAUGGAGGUGGCGAUGCAGCUGGCGCUCCGGGCCGGACAGAUUAUUAGCAAAGCUCUCACUGAGGAAAAACAGGUGUCUACCAAAACUUCUGCAGCAGAUCUUGUGACAGAAACAGAUCACUUUGUGGAAAACUUAAUUGUUUCUGCUCUGAAAGAAAAAUUUCCCUCUCACAGGUUUAUUGCUGAAGAAGCUACCGCUGCUGGUUCAAAGUGCAUUCUCUGUGACAGCCCUACCUGGAUUAUUGAUCCUGUUGAUGGCACCUGUAAUUUUGUACAUAGGUUUCCGACUGUGGCCGUCAGCAUUGGAUUUGCUGUUAAUCAAGAGCUUGAAUUUGGUGUAAUUUAUCACUGCACGGAAGAGCGAUUAUACACUGGUAGAAGAGGUCAAGGGGCAUUUUGUAAUGACAAAAGGCUUCAGGUAUCAAAAGUGACAGAUAUCUCAAAGGCCUUGAUUUUAACAGAAAUCGGCCCAAAACGAGAUCCUGACACUUUGAAACUAUUUCUCAGCAACAUGGAGCGAUUGCUUAAGGCCCAAGCUCAUGGGGUUCGUGUCAUUGGAAGUUCCACGUUGGCGCUCUGUCUUCUAGCAUCUGGUGCUGCAGAUGCAUAUUACCAGUUUGGCUUGCACUGUUGGGACUUGGCGGCAGCUACAGUUAUUAUCAGAGAGGCAGGUGGUGUUGUGAUGGAUACUUCAGGUGGACCUCUAGAUCUAAUGUCAUGCCGAGUGGUCGCAGCAGGUACCCAGGAAAUGGCUGCAUUCAUAGCUCAGGAAAUUCAGACUAUUCACUAUAGGCGAGAUGAUGAGAAUUGACCGGACUUACAUAUUCCUGAAAACAAGGAAACUUGUCCUUUUGGAACUACAUUGCUUCCUUCAGGAUGGCUUGCUUAUAGGAUAAAUGGUUUAAUUGUAUGUUUCUUAAUACAGUCUAUAUAGCAAAGGUAUUAUGAAAAAAAAUUACUUGCAUUAUAGGAAGGUGAAGGGAAAUUUUUAAUUUUUGUAAGCUUCUUGGCCCCCUUUUAAUGAGAAUUUAUUUCAGCUAUGCUUUUUAAAAAAAAAAAAAAUCACAGGUAUCCCAGAUUGAGUUCACUUCUUGCCUCUUUUAGGCUGAAGCAGAGGGGAAGCGGGGUUUGUACCACAUUCAAAUAUAAAUAAAACUUUAUUUUUGCAGAUCUCAGGUAAAUUAGUCUUUCUGCAGCAAAGGGAAAAUUGUUUCGAAUUGUGUGCCUAAAGUACUCACACUCAACAGUGCUUGAGAAUUCUAAACUUAAAAGUACAUGUAUAGAACAAACCUUAGAUAGUUACACUUCUAUUUACUUAAAAAAAACAACUACACUCAUUUAUGUAGCACAGUCAAAAGUGGCAAUGGCACAUAUCCUUGAACGGUGUAUUAUAUUUAUGUGGGUAACUUAAAUAGUAGAUAUUGGUGCUGAUCAGAAGAUGAAAAGCUGUUUUUCCAACAUUUGAAAAUCUUCAGCUUCAAUCAAGCAGCACAACAUAAAUCACAGCAGGGUGUUGUUUUUUUCAUGACCUAGAAAAUUCAAUACAACAUCACAUAAGGAUGUGAUGGUUUUAACCUAGGUAAUAGCACUGAGCACAGAACUAGCUUGGCAGCCAUACAAACACAUUGGUCACUGCUACACUUGAGUCAUUACUGUGGGGAUGAGGAAUCUUAUUCAGGUUAGAACAUAAGAAGAGUCCUACUAGAUCGUGCCAAAGGCCCAUAAAGUCCAGAAUCCUAGAGUGGCCAGCCAGAUGUCUAUAUGGGAAGAUCAGGCCUCACCUUGUCCUCCAUGGGUCCUCCAGCCUUAGAAUGCAAUGAGCCCUGAACUCUAGAGCCUUCUCUCCCUUGGCUCAAAGACAGUUUGGACCCCUCUAAUGAAGAGAGGGGGAGAGCCCAGUGGCAACCCCACCUUUGGCUCCCCCAGGACAGAGGGGGCUUGCUUCGCCACCACCAGAGCUGGGGGUGAGCAAGAAUGCCAGGAGGGGAGGCAGGCAAGCUGAGUGGGCAGAUCUCUGGGGCCCAACCUGGACAGGUGCGAAGGAAAGGGAACACCAAGCACUCUGCAAUAUUUAAGAGACUUGUUUGAAAAACCUUCAUAGGAUGGUAACCUUUCAGGGAUUCUUUAGCUGUGGUUCCCGCACUGCAGAGCUAGAUCACCCUUGGGGGAGCCUUCCAGCACUGCAAUUCUGUGAUUCUAUGUAGCUCAUAAGCAGAACAUGAGUUCAACGGUGCUCUUCUGACUCCCAUCAAGUGGAAUUCAGAGGCAUGCUGCCUUCGAUAGUGGAUUUUAUAGAACACUAGCAAAGAAAGUCUCUUCCACUGGGUGCUAAUACUUGAAAAGGGCUCUGAAGGGAGAUAUAUUCAAAGGACUGAAGCAAAGCAUUUUAACCAAUUAUUGAAAAUAGCAUCAGAAUCUUCUGUCUUGGCCGUGUUUAGUCAGUUGCUAAGAGAACCAUGGAACUGAGUGCUUGAGCAGGAAAGGGUCAUGACUUAGGCUUAGUUCUCACAAAUAGCAGAUAAUGUGGUAAACCUCUUCCUGGACUCUACCAUUUGCAGGUGUGGGCUCACAUGACUGACUGAAUGCUUCUCUGUACCAAAAAACACCAACCAACCAAAAUUUAGCAUGUCAGAGAAAUGAUCCUAAGUUAGCCAUACAAGUUCCCUAAAUGUAGCAGUUCUGUUUCUUUAUUUUUGUAUGGCAGAGCAUUCAGUCAUAUAAAUCAAUGCAUGCUGUUUCAACUACAGUCCACAAAAUAUUUAUUUCCUUAUCUGUCCUUUGUGGGAGCUAGACCUUAGAAAUGAUGUGAAUCUACGGUUAUCCACAGUAACUGUGUGGAUAAUUGCUGUAAUUUCUGCAGCUACUGAAAGUCAGCAUCAUGACCAAAACCCAGAUACUAGAACAUUACCCCUGUAGUAGUCUGUGUCGUGUUAAGAUCCUCUACACCUAAACACACUGGAAAUAACUGCCAUUAAAACUAAUGAUACUUUUAAGCACAAAUACUCAGGAUUGGGAUUGUGAGACUGAGCCAGUUGGUCCCAAUAUGAAAAUCUGGGACUAGGAAUUUUCUUUUGUUUCAUAGAAAUACAACCCUGGCUUCAUAAACAGACAUCCUACUGUCUAAGAGGAGUUUACUAUUCUAUUUAGCUAUAUGUGUGUGCAAGAAAAAAGAUUGUAAAGACCCAAAGAAUAUUAAUAAGAUGGUGAUGUAUGCUGCUCUGAGCACAACCCACUCUGUGAAUGGAAAAAGUGACUUGCAAAUAUUAUAAAUAAAUGUUCUGAAUGGAAGGGUCUGCAAAAUCACAAGACAUUGCUACAUGUUAGCCUUGCUUCUGUUGCAUUUUUUGUAUGUGUUUUUAGAGCUUCUUUGCUGGAGCACUGUAUGGUGUAAGAAGCAAAGCAGCCACAGAAAUAAUCCUCUAAUUUGGUGCAUCUGGUUCACCAAAAUACUGUAUAGCCAUAUAAUGGAAAUAUUGUCACACAUUGUUAAUUGCAUUGCAAAAAUAUUCUGGUGCCUGUGAGUUGUUUGCUCUGUUCCAGUCUGAACAUUAAUGGCAAUGAAUGUGUUAUCUGUGUGAAAUGUCUCAUUUCCCCAGGUAUAAAGUAUUGUGAUUUGAGUGUUUGGAAAUUGUGGUGUCUCCAACAGAAGUGAAAACUUGAAGAAAGACAUGAAGAAUGUGCACAAUAAAUGAACAGUUUUUGUGUAA